UGGUAGUUCACAACGGGACAGUUCAAUCAAUCGUUUAGAUACCGGUCUAUUUAAUAUAUUAAGUUAGUUUGUUUGGAAGAUAGUAGAAUGGUUAAAGAAUUUAUAAUGUUUAAAUGUAGUCAUGCAAUCAACAAAGUCGACCGUAUAGCUUCCCGUCCGGAUCCUGAUAGUGUAAUCUCCGAGGAUUACCGAAACAGACAGGACCAUAGUCCUUGUCAUGCACAUCGAAGUUAAAUUCGAUUGCUACGUGACAAAUGGCCACCUCUGGAGGAAUCAAGAAACUAAAAUCGGCGACGGCUAAACAAUGUUCGAUCUGUGAGGCCAAGACCGAUGUCAAAUGGAGGUGCACGAACUGUGAUAAAAUCAUUUGUCAAAACUGCAAGAAUCUGCACAAGAAGGUGCGAGCGACCAGUCACCACAAGAUUGUCUCCAUUGUGAAGAAAGUCAGAAAGGAGAGCAACAAUGAGGACAACGCCAGUGAAGUUGGCAGCAAUGAUACAAACGACCAGGGCUCGAGUAAUGGAAGAUCAUCCUCGCCGAAAUCGACGCGCCCGGUGGUAAUGUGUCUGAAGCACCAAGAUUGCGCCCUGAAAUGGUACUGCAGCUCGUGCGAAAACCCCGCCUGCAAGGAGUGUGCGAAAAGUGAGCACAAAUCGCACGUGAUGGCAGAUCUUUCUGUUUAUCUGGACCGGAGACAGAAGAAAUGGGAUCGAUUUGUGAAGAUUCUGGAAGACAAAGAGCUACCGGAGACAUUGGAGAGGAUGAAGAGGAUCAAGAAAGCGAAGAUGGAUUUCGACUCCAACAUAAUUGCUGUGAAAAGAGAAGUGUGGAUGCGCUACGACGAAUUCAUGUUAAAACUUGGAAAUGAGCGCCAGAGGAUCUUGUCUGAUCUAGAUGAAAUCCAGCAACGAGAGGAAAAGAUAUUCGCUGAUGCGCUGCAGAAAAUGGAACAAGAAAUUCUAAUACUGGAAUCUUCUCUGGAUUCUACGAAAGAAAUGAUCGAAUCUCUAAAUUCUCAGAAUAUCAAACAAAACUUCGACGAAGUUUGCGAAAAGGUAAAGAGGGUUAAGAAAACCAGGUGUCCGAACCCAGAAAAGGUAAAAUUCAACGCACACGAAGUGACAGAGAAAAUAGUGACCCAUUUGUAUGGUAAGCUAGAACGCCACCUGGGGGACCCUCCCCCUCCCCCACCCAGCUCCGACGAUCUGUCGGGAUUGUCGACCCCCGGGGUCGAUGUUUCGCUGCUGUCUUCCUUUCCCACAGAUCUUCCUUUCAUUCGAACCAUUUGUCCUGCCAGUACUGACGAGGCUUGGGUUGGGUGCUGGCAACAGGAUAAAAUGUUCCUGUCCACAUAUGAUGGUAAUACCAAGCAAACAAUCACUGCCAAAGUUAUGGACAUGUGCCUCAUGAGUAAUGGCGAUCUUCUAGUCGUGUGUUAUCUAAGUUACAACCUCAAAAGUAUAGGAAAAAACGGGAAAAUGAAAGAAUUGAAGUCCGACUUGCCUCUGUAUCCGACAGGUGUCGUUGCUAUGAAGAACGGGGACAUCAUCUUAAGCAUGGUUGAUAGGUAUGAUUUAAAGAUUGACGAAAACAGUAUGCGUCGGCUGAUGAAACUAGACAAGGAUGGGAACACCCUUUUGAUAAUCGAAAACGAUUUGGACGGGAAAGCAAUCUUUACGUACCCUGCUAAAGUAACGGUGAACAUCAAUGGCGAUAUAUGUGCCAUCGACGAGACUGGAGAAUACUCGGGGAGACUUUUGGUCUUUGACUCGACGGGGGAUUUGAAAUUCGUUUAUGGAGAGCAAGAUAGCACGUUUGAGGAAACCUGCGAUCUGAGCUGCUGCGCAUGCGAUUCGGAAGGUAGAAUCGUAGCAUCUGAUUGGUUGCAUCACAAGAUCCACAUUUUGACAGCAGACGGCUCUUUCAUUGGCUAUCUUCUGACUGAGGAUGACGGGAUACAUUUCCCAUUCUGUGUGUCGUUUGGUUCAGACGGUGUAUUGUGGAUAGGGUGCAAGCUGUCCAGAGAGGCUCCGAAAGGGGACAUUGUCAGAGUCAAAUACAAAUGUUAAAAUACUCAUAUCCAGUAAAUUGUGUUUCGGUUUACAGUAAUAAUUAUGGUCGUUACUAUGGUGAAUGUUGGUCAUUAGGAAUAAAGAUCCCUUAUUGGAUAUCGGUGAUUAUACCGUCCAUGAAUACAUGUACUAAACAAGUAUUCUCUACCAAGAUGCAAAAGUAAUUUAUAUAUUUAAACUAGACCGAUAUUCAUUUCCACAUACAUGUAUUUGUGUUAAAUAAUUCACGUUUAGGUGUUAAUCAUUGAAGAAAGUUCAGCAUGUGUUACAUUCGUAAAGGUCCUAGUUGAUAAAGGAGCCGGUUGUAAGUCUAUUAUUUAAUUGGAUACAUAUCGAAUAUCCUUGGUCGAGAAAACGGACAUUUCAACGCAAGAAACACUUAGAAUUGGUGUAAUACAUGUACAACUAACGUUAAACAUUCCAUGGCGUUAAUCAAACAUGGCGUCAACUGGCGGUAAAAUUAAAAACAAUGCACAAGAUCAAAUGAAAUACUAGUAAUAAAAUGAAAGUUUGUCCCAGUGAAAGAAGCAAUUUUAAGUGAAAUAUUAUAUUUUCUAU